AUGUUUGAUGGAGUAGUGUUGCCAAUAAUCGAUUAUAAUCGACUUACUCAACAAGAUUCGCUAGAAGCUAGUAAACUUUUUCACGCUUCAACCAACGUCGGAUUCUUCUAUUUGAAAGUGAACGAUGAACUCGAUCCGACUCCAAUGUUUGCACUGGCUGAAAAAGUAUUUACAUUACCGUUAGAUACUAAAAAUGAAUACGCAAUGGAUGGUAAAAAUGGCGUUUACUUUGGUUACAAACCCGUUGGAAGUAUGUUCGCAGAUAGAAAAGGUACACCAGACACUAUCGAAUUCUGGAAUAUUUCCAAAGAUGAUAUUGUCAUCCAUAAUAGUAACAACUUUCCUCAAGUUAUUCUUGACAAAAAAACUACCUUGCACAAAUAUAUCAAUAAAUCACAUGAAAUCAUUCUUGUUAUUCUCGAGAUUUUAUCUUCAAAAUUGGAAUUAGAUCCGCAGCUACUUCCUCGUUUACAUCGAAUUACACAGUCUAGUGGUGAUCAGUUACGGCUAACAAAAUCUACCAUUUGCCCAAUUGAUGGCCAAUCUUCUGUCGGCAUUGCUCUUGGUGCACAUACAGAUUUCGGAUCCAUAACCAUCUUAUUCAAUCGUUUACCUGGUUUACAAGUAUUAGGACCCGAUGGAGAAUGGUUGUAUGUCGAACCGUUAUCCGGACAUGCAAUCGUUAAUCUUGGCGAUGCUAUGGUAAUACUUUCGGGAGGUAUUCUUAAAUCAAAUAUCCAUCGAGUUGUAAAUACAUCUGGUGUAACUGAACCGACUGAUCGGUAUAGUAUUGUUUAUUUUUCUCGACCGGAGAAUGACGUUCGAAUGAAAAGUUUAGUUGAUAAUGGUAAGAAUAAUCAAGAUGAUAGUGAUGCAUUGACGGCUCAAGAAUGGAUUGCGAGACGAGUGAAAAAUUAUCAAACGGCAAAUUAUAAAAACGAAGAAACAUACGAAUUAAGUCGAGGAACAGAAGGCAGUCGCGAAGGGUCCAUGUAA